AUGGCCGAACAUGGGCUUGUUGAAACCGUCACAGCUGCUGGUGCUACAACCACUAUUUUCUCUGAUAAUGUAACAAGUAGUAAUAGUAAAAAUAGUACAGUGCUUUCAAAAGUCAAAAUAGUCAAUAGUAGUACGGACAUUGAAGUAGGUCAGUUUGCUGAUGCUGACCAAAUGAAAGCGGACAACGAAAGUAAUGUUGACGACAUUAAUGCGCAAAACAAAACCGAUAAAAUAUCUCAGCAGCAAUCCGAAAAUGGUGAAAUCGUUGAUUCCACGAACAGGAUAACUGUGACAGUGAAUGAUGGAAGCGUACCGCCGAAUCUGAAUACCUAUGAUCAGCUAUCAUCCUCAUCACCAUCAUCCGCAUCCUCAUCUCCGGUCGAAACUCCGGCUCCCCCUUCACUUCACCCAGCCUCUCUACAGUUGGAAAAUCAUCAACCGUCUUUAGAAAUAGAAUCUCAGAAAGCUUCUCAGCCCGACCCCCAAUUACCGGUGUCGGUCAACCUUGUCGGACCCGCCCCCGUUCUCCGUGUGGAACAAUUGCGUGAGGAGGACGGCGGCGGGGGAUCGUCCACGGUGAUAAUGAACUACACCAGUGAGGAGGAAGGGUUGAGUCACCCUGAGCUGUCUGAUGAUGCCGACGAAAGGGAUAAAUUACCAGAAUUCGUCGAACCUGACAAGGAACUACAAGAUAAAAUCAUCAAGCAGGUGGAAUUUUAUUUCUCUGAUGCCAACAUACUGAAAGAUGCCUUCCUACUGAAACACGUUCGUCGCAACAAACAGGGCUAUGUAAGUUUGAAGCUGAUCACCUCUUUCCGUAAAGUGAAGUCCCUCUCUAAAGACUAUCGUGUGGUGGCCUUCAGUUUGCGGAGUGCCUCCAGCAAACUGGAAGUAAACGAUGAGGGUACCAAAGUCCGUCGCGUCGAUCCAUUACCUGAGUAUGAUGAGACCACACCUUCUCGCAGUGUAGUUGUCGUCAAUCUUCCAAUUGAAAACCCAGCCAUCGAAAGUGUUGCUGAACUGUUUUCCAAGUGUGGGACCAUAACUUUGAUUCGAAUUCUGAGACCCAAGGGUUCUAUUCCGCCCGAUGUUAAAAAAUAUUCGUCCAAGCACCCAGAGAUCGGCACCACGUUAUGUGCCGUUGUCGAGUUUGAAACUUAUGAAGCUGCCAAGUUGGCUUGCUCUACUAUGAACAACACUGACGACUGGCGGAAAGGUAUGAGGGUUGUCCCAUUGUCAGCUAAAAAGAAAGAAAAAGAAAAGAAAAAAUCUAAUUCUAAUAACAGCAAUAACAACGGAAAUGGUGAUAAAGACAAUCGAUUGGAAAUUGACAGGAGGAAGAAGAAGGGUGGUCGAAAGAAGAAACGUAUUGAUGAACUUUCUCGUGAAAACGAAUCAUCAUGCUACAGUAGUGGCUCUGAAGCAGACACUCCUCAGUCGUCUCUUGCCCCAAUGUCCUCUCUUGAUCCCAACAAACUUAGUCCAGCCACCACUCCCAAAUCAAGCCCCAGGUCCAGCCCUUUGAGCAGCCCGAGGACACCACGUCGGAAAUGGAUUACGAAGAAGUCCCCCCUUGCUGAAACUGACAACAACAGUCCGCGGAUUAGUCCUCGCGUUAGCCCACAGAUCAGUCCGGAGUCUAUCCGAAAAAGAUAUGAGAACUCUGAUACUCCGGCUAGUCCUUGGGUCCAGCGCCGAUUAAAGGCCGCCCAGCAACAACAAGCUAAUAAUAGCAUUCCAUUGAACGAUGAUAAAAAUAAUUCUGGUCGUAGUCCCCGGGGUAGUCCUCUGAUGCUCCGAAGGGUCCGCAUGCUUGAUAUGGGGAUGGUAAUUAAAAAAGUCAUUUUUUUCUUUCUUCUUUUUUUUUUUUUUUCUCUCUCUCUCUCUCUCUCUCUCCAUUUCACUUCUCCAUUAUUUGGGACAAAAAAACUGAACAUUUUAAAUAAAAGAAAGACUUAUCCAAUUCUGUGA